AUUAAGUCUAAACAGCAUUUUUUACAAAAUAUAUCAUAAUUAAAUCAUAAGUGUAAUUCGUUUGACUAAACAUUAAGUAAAGUGUUUAUAAGCAAUAUAUCAAGAUGUCGCAGAUUCCUCAUUCGCAAUUGGCACUGAAAAAGCGAGUUACACCUGUCGUGUUAGAUAAUGAGCCAACCAAUAAGGCAGGCCGAAAGAGUCGUAAUGGACACAAAACUGAGAAUGUAGAUAAAUCAAAUGGACAAGAUAAAUGCGAUAAGGAUAUACUUAUUUUAGACGAUGAGUAUGUAUCGAUUCCUAUUGGACGUGAGGAAGUUGAUGAGGAACAAGUUUUGUCACAAAUUGAAGAGAUUUCUCCAUCAGUUAAGAAUAAGCGUGGACGUAGAGCAAGAGGAUCGACAAAUUCACGAGAAUCGUCCGAAUUUGCAGCACCAAAAAUUGAAGAAAUUCCUAAAACUAAUGAACCAACACCCAAAAAAGAAGAAGCUCAACCUGAAUUAAAUGCUCAAAUUGAGGAACAAGUUGUUCCAGAAGAAAUGCCAGAAUCAUCACCAAAAGAGACAAAAAUUGUAAAAUUAAAUUUUGACUCAUUACCCUUAUCCUCAAAGCGUCGUUCCGAUCGCUUGCAAAAUGCCAGUACGAUUGUGAAUCUAUCGACUGUAUCGACAAUGGAUCAAAGCACAAAAGUAUCAAAUGACACAGAAAUGACAAUUGAAACGCCAACAACAGAGCGUAAAGUUAGUGGACGUCGAUCAACACGUCUAAUUGAUGACAUUAAAUUCACAUAUCGUUCACCUGAUCCAGAUGAAUCAGUCGCUAAUGCAACAGUUGGAUCAGAAUUUGGGGAAAAUUUACUGGAAACUCCACAAACAGAUCGUAAACGUCGUAUUGAUUCAAUGGAACAUCUCGAUAGUCCAAAACGUAGUCGAUUGGAUAUUAGUGCAUUAUUUAACAACUUCUAUUCGCCUGUCACAAUGCUUAGAAGCAGAUUCUCGCGCGCAAACCUUGCAAGUACCCCAAAAGUUGGCGAUAUUUUGAACGAGACAGCAAGUUCGAUUGAUUUAAGUGACAGCGAAUUAAAGGAUGUUGAUUUGAAUGAAAAAUCAGAGGAAAAGAAGGAAGAGAAGGUUGGAGGAAGUGGAACCUUAAAGUUCAUUGUAAAACCAGCCGCUAAAAAAUCAGUAUGUUCAAUUAUGUAGGCCCGAAUCAUAAGCGCAAAAAAUAUUUCUAAAUAAUUAAGUUCAAAAGAUUCAAGAAAGACCAUGUUUAACAUAAUAUAUGUAUGUUUCUUUUCUUUUUCUAUAAGAUUCACAUUGUAAUAAAAAAUAUAUUCUAAAUGAACAAAAAGACAAAAAUUUGACCAAUAAUAAAAGAG